AGACCCGGGCGCAACUGCCCUCAGUGUCGCCGUCGUCUCCGCCCACCUCUUUCUCUGAUUGGCCGGGCAGCGCUCCGAGAGCCCGCCUCCCCCGUCAGCCGAUUGGCGGAGUGUGUUUUGGCCGGCGAGAGGGUCGCAAACGCUGUCAGUGAGGGGAGAGAAGCGAAGACGCAGCAGCAGGAACCUCCAGAUUAGCAAUGGCUGCUGAAUCUCCCCGCCGCUCGAGCCGAUGUACUGGAGGAGUGGUGGUCCGCCCGCAGGCUGUCACGGAACAGUCCUACAUGGAAAGCGUCGUUACAUUUCUACAAGAUGUGGUUCCUCAGGCUUACAGUGUCACGCCCCCGACGGAGGAAAAAGAGAAGAUAGUGUGGGUCAGAUUCGAAAAUGCGGAUUUGAAUGGUCCUCAGAAGUGUGACGGCUUCGCUGAGAAGAGACCUCUCCUGGCCAUGUGUAAAAGCAUUGGAUCCUCUGGCUUGCGUCGACAGCAUCCGAGAAGUAUUGCAUUUCAUCGCUCAGGCCUCAGGAGGAGUCGAGCAGCGCUGCGCGAGUGCGGGCAAAUUCGCAGCGAGGCGGUUUGCGCCGCUGUUGGUGAUGGUCGGGAUAGCGGAACAGCAGCGGAUCGCGGAAACCGAGCCGCCGAGCUUGGAGGAGCGGGCACCGUCACGACGAGUUCGCGCCAGGAUUCGCGCCAGGUUGAGGUAGCGUUGCUGGGGCGUCCGGUGGAGGUGGAGUGCCAGCGGGUGCCGCUGGCGUUCUGGGCGUCGUUGCCCGCCGGUAUCCACAGGCAUCUCAGGUGCAGCACCUGCGCAGUCAAAGGGAUCUGGGGUUCCGAUGGGAAGCGAAUGCGGAUACUACCUCUGUCCAAUUAUGAUCCGGUUUCGCGGUGGUCUUCGGACGGGCCCCAGUGCUGUGCCACCAGCGGAUCCUUAGGAGCAUCGCAAAAUCUGAGUCAGGAAUGCGUUCAAUGGACUCCUGGGUUGCCGCAUGGUGUCGAGCCCGUCUCCGUGACAGGUUGCAUCGAGGUUUGUAAUCCCAUCACAGCGGGCAGAAAUCCGAUCACCGGUAACCGGUCGCAGACAAUUGCCCAGCGAUGGACGUGUCACCUGAAACCAGGUAUCCAAGAGCAGCUGAGGAACGAGCCAAAAGAAGUUGCCAAACUGUUUGCAAACGAACGAGACGCACAUCGCAGGGCUUCUUCCCAUCUGGAAGCCAAGCCAGACGUGAACUCAUUUGACUCAGAGUCUGUGAUCCUCGUCGUGGUCUUGCAGGAGAAAAUCGCUGCCUUCGACAGCUGCACCUUCACCAAAAAGUUUUUUGUUACGAGCUGCUAUCCUUGUCCGGGGCCAAAUAUGAACCCCAUAGCUCUGGGAAGUCGGUGGCUUGCUUAUGCUGAAAACAAGCUGAUCCGGUUCCACCAGUCCCGCGGCGGGGCCUGCGGAGACAACAUCCAGUCCUACACGGCCACGGUCAUCAGUGCUGCCAAAACAAUAAAAACUGGACUUACCAUGGUGGGGAAAGUUGUGACGCAGCUGACAGGGACUCUUCCGUCGGGAGCAACGGAGGAGGAAAUCUUGGCUCACAGCAACACUCGCCGCAGCCCCUUAGUCCCUGGAAUUGUCACUGUCAUCGAUACGGAGAUGGUUGGAGAAGGGCAGGUGCUUGUGAGCGAAGACUCGGAUAGCGAAGGGAUUGUGGCGCACUUCCCUGCCCAUGAGAAGCCCAUCUGCUGCAUGUCUUUCAACCCCAGUGGCAUGCUUCUGGUCACAACAGACACGCUCGGCCACGAUUUCCACGUGUUUCAAAUACUGACCCAUCCCUGGUCAUCUUCGCAAAGUGCCGUCCAUCAUUUGUACACGUUGCAUCGGGGGGAGACAGAAGCCAAAGUGCAGGACAUUUCCUUCAGCCACGACUGCCGCUGGGUGGUGGUCAGCACUCUCCGGGGCACGUCCCACGUUUUCCCCAUCAACCCCUACGGCGGGCAGCCCUGCGUCCGCACACAUAUGUCGCCGCGGGUGGUGAACCGCAUGAGCCGCUUCCAGAAGAGCGCGGGGCUGGAAGAGAUCGAGCAGGAACUGACCUCCAAGCAGGGGGGGCGUUGCAGUCCUGUCCCGGGGCUGUCGAGCAGCCCGUCUGGAUCCCCUCUACACGGUAAAUUGAACAGUCAAGAAACAUACAAUAAUUUCACCAACAACAAUCCCGGGAACCCACGCCUUUCCCCUCUGCCAAGCCUGACCGUGGUGGUGCCUCUGGCGCAAAUCAAGCAACCCAUGACUCUGGGAACCAUCACCAAACGCACAGGGACAAAGUGCGCCAUCCCACCCCUCUGCAAAAAGCCUCUCCUGAGGAUUGGAGGAGACUGGGAAAUCGCAUCGUUGGCAGCACCAGGGGCCCGAGAGGGAUACUGGAAAGUCAAGCCAGCGUGCCUAGUGGUCAGGGAGCCUGAUUCGAAAGCCCUCUCCGCUGUGGAAGCUCGCUUGGUGACCACGGGCCAAUCACACCGCUUGGUUCCUCCAGGAAGUCCGGGGCCCAUCACUCGGCAUGAAUCCUAUGACAGCUUAGCCUCUGACCACAGUGGACAGGAAGACGAAGAGUGGCUUUCUCAGGUUGAAAUUGUGACUCACACUGGACCCCACCGGCGCCUUUGGAUGGGCCCCCAGUUCCAGUUCAAGACUAUUCACCCCUCUGGCCAAACGACAGUCAUCUCAUCCAGUUCUUCUGUGCUCCAGUCCCACGGCCCCAACGACACCCCGCAACCUCUUCUGGACUUCGACACAGACGAUUUGGACCUAAACAGUCUCAGGAUCCAACCUGUUCGCUCUGAACCCGUGAGCAUGCCAGGGUCAUCCCGCCCAACUUCGGAUCACAGAGGGAUUUCUGCGGUGACUGACGCUACCUCAGGUGCCUUCGAUCGAAGCAUGACCCUGCUGGAAGUCUGCGGGAGCUGGCCCGAGAGCUUCGGUCUCCGCCACAUGUCUUCCAUCGAACACACAGACGAGGGCCUCCGGGAACGACUGGCCGACGCCAUGUCUGAAUCUCCCAGUAGGGACAUAGUGGGAUCUGGAACAGAGCUACAGCGAGAAGGAAGCAUCGAGACGCUCAGUAACAGCUCGGGCUCUACCAGUGGAAGCAUUCCACGCGCCUUCGACGGCUACCGAUCACCUCUUCCGACGAACGAGAGCCAGCCAUUGAGUCUGUUUCCUACCGGCUUCCCGUAAUCAAGUCCCACCGGUCCAGGACAAAGGGAAAAAAUACAGAUUGGCCCACGACGCGAUGAUCUGCAAAAAUCUCUCGAUCUGCCUUUCGCCCAAAGGUUGGCUUCAGCAUUGGAUGGCUCUUGUUGCCCUAAGAAACAUGGACAACGCAGCUGCUUCAAUCCCUGCUGGAACUGUGCAAAUAAAAUCCCAAAUUAGGGCCUCCUUGGUCCUGAUGGCUCUCUUGCUAUCCUUUCCAUCCCUGCAACAUUGAGAAAAACCCGUUUUAAGGAAGUAUUUUAAACAGUUUUUUGCUCUUAACCAUAACCUGCUUUUCCCUACAGUGAGCAGAGACCUGUUCUCAAAACCUGAGUAUCAUUGCUAAAAAUUUCGUAACAGUUAGAGCUGCUACCUGUAUUUGGGGAUAUACGUAAUGUUGCUGGAGACCUGGGCCUAGAAGCAGGGGCCAUUAGCAUGCAACUCUUUGAGUGGGGGAAAUCCCGAACAUUGAGGAACAACUUUGUGGGGUAAAAAAAUCCAAUCAUUGUCUCCAAACCGGACAGCGGUCCGUUGGCAACUUGGUUGAUCAUGGCUCUCUGUCCUCUUUGUUCCCCGCAAAUAUUUGAUCGCCGCCAAGAGUAUUACAAGCGACGGUUGUUUCUUUUUCAGCUUUGGGAAGGAUGGUUUUGGAUGGUUCCGUAUAUUUUAGAAAUAUCCUUCAUUUCUAAGUCAAGUGACAAAUCUCUCUCAAACGUGCAUUUGGAACUCAUCUCUAUCCCAAAAAUGCAUGCUAGCUUGAAUAAAUGUCUAUGGUGAACGGA